AUGCUUGAGUUGGUGUAUUUCGGUAAUGACACACCACUUGCUGAAGCUCUACCGGACCCGGCGCUGGAUGUUGCCGAUACGACGCACUUGUCUCUGGCCUCUGAUCCCCGCGCAGAGUGGUUCACAGCACCGGAGACGUUCCUGAUCGACCACACCCCCAUGCCCUUACCGCCGAACUUCGAUGUCCUCGAUCUGAAAACAUUUGUACGACUAAUUGAAAGUUGGAUGAGAGACUGGGUCACUACUGGCAACAACAUGUUCAUCCAUGCACAGUUGUAUGGAGAUCACCUCCCUUCAUGCCUUGAAGUUGCAUUCACGACGUUCUCUGCAUACAUCAACAAGACUGCGGCGACCACGGAAAUAGUGCUACGGGCGGUGAAUGACCAAGCAACUGCUCUAGUAUCCAAAGCUGAUGAAAGCAACACGUCAAGCAAUGUGCUGAGGAACCUUGCUUGCAUUCAUGCACUGCUUGCAUACCAGAUAAUUGGCUUGUUUGAUGGUGACAUACGUUCCCGCCAUCUUGCUGAGGAGCGAGCCCCGAUACUAGCGGCCCUGCUGGAUCGCAUCUUCGAGAAGGCAAGCGCAGCAUUGGUAGAGCAGGUCUCGCCGAACGAAUCGUCUACUCUCCUGGAAUCAGUCUCUUUCGAUGAGCGGCUGUGGCGGUCUUGGAUCAUCUCGGAAAGUCUAAGAAGAACAUGGCUCGUCGCUCGAGGUAUCGGUGCGUCCUACGAUGGGUUCAAACAAGGUUGGGCAUUGUGCUAUGGUGAUGUCAUGAUCACGACUCGUGAAGGGCUUUGGUCAGCCAAUUCAGCGACGCUCUGGAUGGAGAUGUGUAUGGAACGAGAUGUGCGCUUUAUCGGACGAAUUGAUGCAGAGUCGUUAUUGAAAGUCCCGCCGGAAGAAGUUGAUGAAUUCGCGAAGGCAGUAUUAGAGACCAGAUUUGGGAAGGAGGGCUUCAUGCGAUGGACUUCCGGCUCGUUUCUCGUUUCCUAA